AUGUUUCCCGAGGAGCUCAAGGGUCUGACACCAGUCGAAGAGAAGCUCAUCUCGCCGAACUCGUGUUACGGGUUUGUGGCGAGCCACAGCAUUCCGGGUGGCCAGAAGCAGAGUGCGAGGUAUCCGAGGCACAUCAAGGGCCACAUCACCGUGUUCCCGAACAACGUGGAGGAACUAGCGACGAAAGUACUCCCCCAUCCGCUUGUGCGAGUCAUGGACGAGAUUCACGUCUCGUGGCAGGGCGUGGAGAAGCCAGGGCCGAGCGAUCUUUCGAGUCUCCUAUCGGUGAGGCGGCGAGUUGUUGAGAGGGCGCUUGUCUGGCUGAAGGAGAACAACCCGCACUAUGCUGAGAUUGAGAUUGAUGUGGCAGAGAUGGACAGUUGGGGAGCCCCGGCACACGGGGUGCCAUCGCUGGUGUACGAUCGCAUGGAGCGGAACGAGCCAUCUGCAUGGGAGAAAACGCGGACGGCCCAUGUUGUGCCGCCAACGGAGCGGGCCAUGGACGGCGAGGGCUCGGUGGAGAUCGAGGACAUCCUAACCGCUCUUAGGCAGGGAGAGGAGCCGCCUAGAUGCGAACAUGGAGGAUCCGGGGAGAAUGGGGCGGACGAGUCUCGAGUUGAGAGCACCGCCGAGGCUGACGAGACGAUUAAUCCGAUCAAUCCGAUCAACGAGGUGACGUCGAGUGGAAUGUUCGCGCUCGACGGACCGCCGGACGUUGCAGAUGUGGACAAAUUGCGGUUCGCAUGCGAUGCCGUUGGCGAAGGUGCUGAUGAUGGCAAUAGAGGCCCGAGAACGCGGGUUGCCUCCGCGACAGAACGAGGGCGAGGCACAGUUGAUGGCGUGGAGCCGUACAUUCGUGUUACUCGAGGCGACGAGUUCGCUGACUCGUUCGACGCCUCAUUCUUCGCAAAAACGUUUCCGACCCUACUACCGUUCGGAAUGGGGGGGCCACGGUCGGCCGAAGAAGCCACCUUGGAGCCAGGAAGGGGGACCGCUGGCAUGGGUGGAGCAGAGGCGUUGGCGCGGGAUCUCUUGUCAUCUCGAAACAUGAGCCUGCGGACAUGGGCUGACAUUGUGCUGCGACGCCAUGGCGGCCGAUUCGCGACGCACCAUAUUUUCGCCUUUCUCGUGUUCAACAUGGGCGUGCGGUCGAGGAACCGCCGGGUCAGCAUGCUGAGCGUGACUAGGAAGAACUUCCGGAAGGUCGAGCGCAUGGUGCGGUCGCUGACUGCAGACAGGUUGGCAUCAGCUAGGGGGGAGCUGGAGCGCUCAGGCAGAACAACCGACGAGGGCGUGAAGGAGCUCCUCAGGAGCCUUUCGCUGUAUGGCUACCGGCAGCCCAUGUCGAGGGAGCUCCGCCUGAGCAUGCGGCACAAGAUCCAGGCUCUUAUCGUUCGCUAUGGCGUGCCUGCCAUAUGGUUCACAAUCAACCCAAACGACAUUACGAACCCGGUGAAGCUCCGGCUCGCAGCGCACCGCACUCGCGAUCCCGAGUCAGCCGAGGAAUUCUUACGAAGCCUUGACAUGUCCUUCAAGCGCAUGCGGUUGUCAAUCUCGGAUCCAAAGAGCUCGGCGAUAUUUUUCCAUAGAGAGAUGACGCUCUUCUUUGAGCACUAUGUGACGGUAGGAGGAGAGUCGGUGUUCGGGCGCAUCAGCCAGUACUAUGGUGCCGUGGAAACCAAUGAACGAGGGGCGCUUCAUGUCCAUGGGCUGCUCUGGUUGCAUGGAAACGCGCACCUGAGUUCCAUGCUUGCCGAUAUCGGCGGCGACGAUCAAGCGGCGUAUCGGGAGCGAAUCGCCCAAUACAUCGACAGUGUCUUCUGCGAGGAUCUAGAUCAGGAAGGGUCAUGUGCCGUGCAAGCAGAGCGCUCGGUGACAUCCGAUAUUUCGUCCCUGGUGGACAAUUCCGAGCAGUUCUCGGCCGCAUUUGACGAAGAAGCCAACUUCUGCGCCGGAGCGACGCAGAUCCACACGCAUAGCCCGACGUGCGUGAAGUACUCUCUCGGCGACAAGAAACGUAAGGGCGGCCACUGUCGGUUCAAGGCGCCAUGGAGAUUGGUCGAGAACACGUCGUUCACGGCGGAUGACGUGCUGCAGAUUCGCAGGACGCACCCCAUGGUGAAUCGGUGGAACAAGGCCAUGGCCGUAGGGCUGCGGCACAACCACGACAUCUCCUUCAUAGCGACGCAGCGGAAAACCAUGGCGUUGGUGUACUAUGUCACGAAUUACGCGACCAAGGUAGAGGACCCGACGUGGAAGCGUGUGGCUGCGGCCGCCGAGCUGUUGCCUGUUAUCUCAACAGCCGGCCAGCAGGUCGCGGGGGGAAAUGCUGAACGCGGAGCCGGAGCCGGCAAUGAGGACGACGACGGUACCAAAAACAAGACACGGCAGUUCCUCAUGAGAGUGGCCAAUCGUAUCUUCACGGAGCGGCCCCUGUCGCAAGUUGAGGUGGUUGCCCAUCUCCUCGGAUACACGAGCGAAUUCACAAACGCCAGCGCAUGGGCGUACCUGAACGUAUCUGUGCUCUACUGGCAUGUCUUCCGACGCUGGCGACAUCUCCGACAAGAGAGUGGCACGGCGAUGGCGGACGCUUCCGCAGAUGAGUCGAUCGUCGUGGAAGAGGCAGGGCAGAGAAUCAGCUUCGCUGAGACCUAUCACCACCGUGGAGACGUCCUGCGAGGGCUAUGCCUGUACGACUAUGUUUCGCUUGUUAGGCUUCAACCUGUUGGCAAAGACGGGAGCCCUGGCACGUGGGGGGAGGUGCCGUUCGAGAACGGAUGGGCGACUGGGAAAGACUGGGUGCAGGUGCUAAGACGGCCGGGAAAGCAUGCCGUCGUCUGCCUUGAUGGGUACUUAAGCAAGGACUUUGGCCAAGAUGACGAUGAGUCGGCCCAUCGGAGAGCAGCGGUGCAACAUCUCGCCCUCUUUGUGCCGUGGGAGGAGUUCUUGGGCGAAGAGGAAGGCGACAUCAACGAAAUAUGGACGGCGGCCCGGGAUGUGCUAAACCCGAGAAUCUCGUGCCUCGUCGACAACAUUCAACUACUUCGACGAUCUGUGGAAGACGCCAAGCGCGAUGCCAAGCAAUGGGAGGCCACGGCGGGCGAGGGGGAUGGCACAGGCCCACGUGCGGAGGAGGCGGGAGCGGGCCAGGUGGAUGAAGAGGCCGCAGCGGUGUAUCAAUCUGAUAACGUGGGAAGCGCAACCCGUCUUAUCGACGUCGUUCGAAGCGCGGCCGGCGCGAACCAGAUCACGGCGGGGUCACGGGAACUCAGCGCAAUGAUGGAGCAGCUCUGCCGCUUCCAGCAGUCAGCCCUAUCCUCGACAGCCGAGCUCCAGGCCGCCGCAGCUGUUGAACGUGGUGAACGGCGGAUAGUGAUGCCGGGGCGAUCCUGUUCUGGAGCCACAGUACCGCCGCAGGAUCAGGUCAGGGCCAUCAAAUCGCAGCAGAUAUCCGCCUCUAGAGAGAGGGUGAAGAGGAUCCAGGGCAUCCAAAGCAUGGGCGAUACCCACGGGACUGAUCGCAGCGCAGCGGCCCAGAGCGUGCUCACUGGUUUCGGGGAGGAAGACAUCGACAUGACACAUGCGGAUGCCGACGAGACGGCAGGCGACACAGGCACGGCCUGUGUGGACGUCCGCUUUGGCCCGUCAACCUCUUUCCUCGAGGCUGGAAAAGGUGUGGCAGCACGACUGACGCUGAAUAAGAAACAGGCCGUUGCCUUGUUGAUAAUCUGCCGCCACUUGGACUCGAUGAGGGAAAUGGGUCGGGGCGACGUUAGUCAGCUCUGUCAGUUCGUCGGUGGCGAGGGCGGGGCCGGCAAGUCGCGAGUGAUCGAAGCGCUCGUGGAGCUUUUCGCUGCGAGGGGCAUCUCGAGUCGCCUGCUGAUCACGGCGACGUCGGGGACUGCCGCAGCGAGGGUCAACGGCAUCACCAUUCACUCCGCGUGCGGGUUCACCAAGGACCAAGGGCCGGGCACCAACACGGCGAAAGACUUCGACGGGGUACGACUGUCAAAGCAGGCGGGCCGGUUCAUCCAUGGCCAGUCCAGGAUGGACUGGCAGGAGAAGGACGUGCUUGUCAUCGACGAGGUGAGCAUGCUCGGAGCGAGGACGCUGUAUGCAGUAAAUGAGCAGCUCUGCCGCCUUCGCGGAUCACAGCAAGAGUUUGGAGGUAUCCCCGUCGUUCUUUUUUGCGGAGACUUCCACCAGUUCCGGCCAGUGCAAGAAAGGUCAAUCCUCCUGCCCAGCGCGGCCGUAUCGUGGGACGAGGACAACACGUUCAGGGCCGAGCAACGCCACCAGCACGACAAGGCGCACGCGCUGUGGAAGAGGUUCACGACGGUCGUCAUGCUGGACGAGCAAAUGCGCGCCGCGGGAGACCCAGAGCUGCAGAGGCUGCUGACGCGAAUCCGGCGGGGUGAACAGGACCAUUCCGAUUUGGAGCUCCUCAACUCGAGGAACCGUUGGAACCUCAACAUGGAGGCGAGCUUGUCGUUCCAGAUUCAGCACCGGUCAAUGAUGCGCAUCUUCAUCUCCGAGCACAAGUGGCAGGAUGGUGUGCCGAGGGAGGAAGAGGCCAUCAUGAUGCUGAACCAGGGCGACGAUAGCGCGAUUCCGGUUCCAGCCGUCUUCAUGUUUGUGCCGGGGAUGCCGGUCGUUGUGAACCAUAAUACGCAUCAAGGAUUGAAGCUGGUCAAUGGUGCGGGAUACACGGCAGCGGAAGUCAUUGUCAACCGGGCGUACCCAGGAUAUCGGGUCUCGGCUGGCGUGACGAUCCAUUUCGGGCCGCCGGCGGGGAUAAUACUGGAGUCGGGGACAACCAAAGAGUUCCAUUUCGUCAGCAUGCCACCAGGCACGAUACUGUUGACGCCCAUGAGCGUCAAGAUCCAGUGCCAGCGGAAGAGGCCGUGGCAGGAGAACGACGCCACCAGGAAAGGGCUGCCAUGCGCGGCGGCUUUUGCGUGCACCGACUAUAAGGUGCAGGGCGGGACAAUCGAGCGGGUAGCGCUGGAGUUGCGGGGCACGAGGACGACAAACGUCGGCGGAAGGGCGGUACCCUCGCAGUGUGACCCGUACAGCCUGUACGUGCAGUUGUCGCGGUGCCCGACGUUGGACGGCAUCAUGCUCGUAUCCAAGGUGCGGGAGAGAGACCUGGUGGGCAAUCGGGUACCCGAGGAAAUGAACGCAGCGCAGUCCAGGCUGGAGGCCCUGAGCAGAAGGACUGUUCAGGAAGCAUUGUCCUGGCUGGGUGGGGUUGAUGCGGCGCAAGACCAGAUCGUGUCGAGAAACGCGAAGUUGGACGUGACACCGUCGCGGGAGCAAGGAUAA